UUUAACAAUUACACUAUCUUUUGAUGACAUUUUGUUAUUUUUAUUGUAGGGCUUAAAGAAAAAUCAAAACAAAAAUCAGAAAAUCAUAAUCACAAAUAUCCAAUUAAAGUUAUCCACAUCAUGCUUCAUGCAUCUGGGGCCCUGUGAAUACGAGUGAAGUGGAUAGAAUCACAGAGAUUUGAAGUUUGAUUUUAACUGAUCGAAGAACACUCACAAAGAGAUGAUUGUUGCAACAGGAAUUGGAGCAUUUCCCAGAUCAGUUCCGCUUCUUCCCCAUAACAAAUUCGGAGCCCCACAUUCAAUUUCAAAUCCUAGAAACAGAAUCCGUUUUCCAGAAAGUAAAUCAAGCAAUUUCAUCCCUACCAACCCUCCUUUCUUCUCCAUCAAGGCCGCUGCGUCUUCUUCGUCUUCUUCAGAUUUUGUAUCAGAUUACGCUGAAGAGCCUGCUACGAAUGUCAAAUUUCCGACAUUGUUGAAUCUUCCUGGUUGCUCGAGCUCGCUUUCUUUGAUUGGAACAGGGUUUCGAGAAAAGGUUUUUGCGAUAAUCGGAGUUAAGGUGUACGCCGCAGGGCUAUACAUAAACCCUAAAAUCAUCGAUAAGUUAGACGCAUGGAAAGGACGAACAUCAGCUCAAAUCCAAGACGAUUCUUCUUUAUUCGACUUAAUCUAUCAAGCUCCAUUAGAGAAAUCGCUACAGAUCGUUCUUGUCAGAGACGUCGACGGAAAAACCUUCUGGGACGCCUUGAACGACGCCAUUUCGCCCAGAAUCAAAUCACCAAACGCCGUCGAUGAAACCGCUCUCUCCGAUUUCCGUGGUAUCUUUCAAAAUCGGCCAUUGAAGAAAGGAACCUUCAUCUUCUUAACCUGGCUCGAUUCCUCCAAAAUUCUGAUCCAUUUAUCAAAUGAAGGCAUUCCAUCGACUUCAGAAGCUACAAUCGAAUCAGAAAACGUGACACGAUCUCUUUUUGAUGUGUUCUUUGGACGUGACCCUGUGUCUCCUUCCUUAAAAGCUUCAAUUAGCAAUGGCUUAGCUUCGAUACUUAUAUAA